AUGACCAUCACAUGCAUUAAGGAGGACUAUGCAAUAGAGAAGGCUCCCGCAAAUAAGGGUGGCAAGAAGGGCCGUUCUGCCAUCAACGAGGUAGUUACCAGAGAAGACAUUCUCAACAGUCACAAGCGCAUCCAUGGAAUUGGCUUCAAGAAGCAUGCCCCUCAUACACUCAAAGGGAUCCGGAAAUUCGCAAUGAAGGAAAUGGGCAGUCCACAUGUGCGCCAGGACACCAGGCUCAGCAAAGCUGUCUGGGCCAAGGGAAGAAGGACUGUCCCCUAUCUUAUCCGUGUAGGGUUGUCCAGGAAACGUAAUGAGGAUGAAGAUUUACCAAACAAGCUCUAUACACUGGUUACCUAUGUGUUUGUCACAACUCUCAAAAAUCUACAGACAGUCAAUGUGGAUGAAAACUAAUCACUGAUUAGCAAAUAAAGUUACAG